AUGUACUUGCUGCGUGGAUUUGCGCCGCGUUUAUCGCUUAGCCGGAGCUCCGGUUUACCUCCGUUACCCCUCCAUUGCUCUCACCGAUUAUUGGUGUUCCCCAAACACUUCUCUUCCUCACCUCAAGCGCCCGCCAUGGAUAACAACGUCAAGCAGCACUAUCUGGCUGACUCGCCUCCCUCGGUGGUCAGACUGGAAAUCAAGUCACACUUCGAUUCCCUCCAGGAUGAAUCCCUCAGAAGAUAUGCCCACUAUAUGAGCCGAGCGGCAUUUCAAGGAACUCGUGUCACGUUGCGUCAGGUCUCCCCAGAAUCCGAACCCAUCUACGAUUUCAUCAUCUCCCUCCAUCAGGCUUGCAAUGGCGACUGGAACAGCUUGGCCCAGAAGACCGAAGUUAGCAAUGAACAUCUCCGUUUCUUCCUCGAAUAUGCCGCUCAGUUCUUGGGUAACUGCGGUAACUACAAAGGCUUUGGUGACUCCAAGUUCAUUCCCCGCCUGCCCCUCUCUGCCCUAGAGGCGCUAGCAUCCAUCACACCUGAAACAAAGGCAGCUUUCCAGAAAGCGAACACCACCGGAGGGGGUAUCUACGAGACUAGUGAGCAGUCGAUGAUGCACCUUGGUUACCCCACAAGUGGACACAUGACCACAUAUUAUCCUGAUUCGCCUACUAUCUCCAAGGAUGAGAUUACCACCAUUGGAAACCUGAUGGAAAAGAAGGGCCUGGCAUUGGAGAACACAAGAAUUCGCAAGACGACAUCGGGUGACUUUGAGCUCUUAAUUGCAUCAGGGAUUUCCAAUCCCCCGGCAAGAGAUCGCGAUCUCGGAGAUAUGGAUACCUUUGAGCUGGGCGGAAGCUUGGAAGGGAAAACAGUGCGCCUUGUCUUUGGGGAUUACCUGGAGGAAAUGGCCAAAAUUUCCCACUCAAUCAAGCAGGCAGAGCGCAACGCGGCGAAUGAUAACCAGAAGCGCAUGUUAGAGUCUUACGCUCGCACAUUCGGUACCGGAUCUAUUGAGGCGUUCAAAGAGAGCCAGCGCAUCUGGGUGAAGGAUCAAAAGCCUGUUUUGGAGACAAACCUUGGCUUCGUGGAGACUUAUCGUGACCCCCAUGGAGUGCGAGGAGAAUGGGAAGGCUUAAUUGCUUUGGUUAACAUGGAACGAACCCGGGCAUUCGGUGCACUGGUAGACAGUGCCGAGAGUAUGAUUCCCAAAUUGCCCUGGGGUGAAGACUUCGAGAAGGAUAAGUUCCUCAGCCCUGAUUUUACCUCCCUCGAGGUUCUCAGCUUUGCGGGUUCGGGGAUUCCUGCUGGAAUUAAUCUGCCCAACUACGAUGAUAUCCGCCAGAACCUGGGUUUUAAGAAUGUGUCCCUAGGCAAUGUUCUGAGUGCGAAAGCACCCAACGAGCCCAUUCCUUUCAUUGCCGAGACAGAUCUGGAGGUUUACCGCCGGUGCCGUGAUCCUGCCUUUGAAGUUCAGGUUGGUAUCCAUGAGUUGCUCGGCCACGGAACUGGCAAACUGUUGCAGGAGACUGCCCCUGGUGAAUACAACUUUGAUAUCUCCAGCCCUCCAAUCAGCCCUGUGACAAAAAAGCCCGUUGCAAGCUGGUACAAGCCCGGGCAAACAUGGAGCUCGGUGUUCGGGGCCAUUGCUGGAUCAUAUGAAGAAUGCCGUGCUGAGUGCGUGGCAAUGGUGCUGGGAUGUGAUUUUGAAAUCCUGAAGAUCUUUGGAUUUGGGGACGGCACUGAAGAUAUCAACAACGAAGCUGGUGACGUCCUCUUCGCCGCCUACCUGCAAAUGGCUCGUGCCGGUCUGGUUGCAUUGGAAUUCUGGGACCCUAAGACUCAAAAGUGGGGACAGGCUCAUAUGCAAGCUCGUUACAGCAUUCUCCGCACUUUCCUCAGUGCGGGUGAUGACUUUGUCAAAUUGUCAUACACCAAAAAUGAUCUCUCGGAUCUGGAGAUUCAUCUGGAUCGGUCUAAGAUUCUAACCCACGGACGGCCUGUUGUGGAGAAAUACUUGCAGAAACUCCAUGUUUACAAGAGUACAGCGGAUGUUCAAGCAGGUAAGGCUCUAUAUGACGAGAUCACAGCUGUGGACAGCUGGUGGGGAACACAGGUGCGUGAGGUUGUUAUGAAAAAUAAGGUUCCUCGGAAGGUCUUUGUUCAAGCCAACACUAUCCUGGAGGGAGAUAAGGUGACACUGAAGGAGUACGAGCCUACUCUAGAGGGAGUCAUUCAGAGCUAUGUGGACCGUAAGGUCUAG